GUAAGUCACUUCUCCAUUUUCCUAGAAAUUUAUAGACUUUUCUUAUCUACCGACUCUUGUUGGAAUCCUUUUCGGAGUCGGCUGAUCUUCCGUAUAUAAACCACCUCCCCUCUUCAUCUUCUCCACACAAUUCUCUCAAAGCCUUUUUAAAUCGCUCCUGAAAUUCUCUCUUCCAAUUCCAAUUUCCUAUUCGAUUUUUUUUUUCUUCUGAGAUUGACAAUCAUGCAGGUCUUCGUCAAAACCCUAACCGGCAAGACAAUCACUCUCGAGGUGGAGAGCUCUGACACAAUCGACAACGUCAAGGCCAAGAUCCAAGACAAGGAGGGAAUUCCCCCCGAUCAGCAGAGGCUCAUCUUCGCCGGCAAGCAAUUGGAGGACGGCAGCACCCUAGGCGACUACAACAUCCAGAAGGAAUCAACUCUUCACUUGGUUCUGCGAUUGAGGGGUGGUAUGCAGAUCUUCGUCAAAACCCUAACGGGGAAGACCAUAACAUUAGAGGUCGAGAGCUCUGAUACGAUCGACAACGUGAAGGCCAAAAUCCAAGACAAGGAGGGCAUCCCCCCAGACCAGCAGAGGUUGAUUUUCGCCGGAAAGCAAUUGGAGGAUGGCCGCACCCUUGCCGACUACAAUAUCCAAAAGGAAUCGACUUUGCACUUGGUUCUCCGAUUGAGAGGUGGUAUGCAAAUCUUCGUUAAAACUCUAACCGGGAAGACCAUAACCCUAGAAGUCGAGAGCUCUGAUACCAUCGACAACGUGAAGGCCAAGAUCCAAGACAAGGAGGGCAUCCCCCCAGACCAGCAGAGGUUGAUUUUCGCCGGAAAGCAAUUGGAGGAUGGCCGAACCCUCGCCGACUACAACAUCCAAAAGGAAUCGACUUUGCACUUGGUUCUCCGAUUGAGAGGUGGUAUGCAGAUCUUCGUCAAAACCCUAACCGGGAAAACAAUUACUCUGGAGGUUGAGAGCUCCGAUACCAUUGAUAACGUGAAGGCCAAGAUCCAAGACAAGGAGGGUAUCCCCCCAGAUCAGCAGAGGCUUAUCUUCGCCGGUAAGCAAUUGGAGGACGGUAGGACCCUUGCGGAUUACAACAUCCAAAAGGAGUCAACUUUGCACUUGGUUCUGCGUCUGAGAGGUGGUAUGCAGAUUUUCGUGAAGACCCUCACAGGGAAGACAAUAACUUUGGAGGUCGAGAGCUCUGAUACGAUUGACAAUGUGAAGGCGAAGAUUCAGGACAAGGAAGGCAUUCCUCCAGAUCAGCAGAGGCUGAUCUUUGCUGGGAAGCAAUUGGAGGAUGGAAGGACUCUGGCGGAUUACAACAUCCAGAAAGAGUCGACUCUUCAUCUGGUGCUCAGGCUUCGUGGUGGCAUGCAGAUUUUUGUGAAGACCCUGACUGGGAAGACCAUUACUCUGGAGGUUGAGAGCUCUGACACUAUUGACAAUGUCAAAGCUAAGAUUCAAGACAAGGAGGGGAUCCCACCGGACCAGCAGAGGUUGAUCUUUGCUGGGAAACAGCUUGAGGAUGGUCGUACCCUUGCAGAUUAUAAUAUCCAGAAAGAGUCCACUCUCCAUCUUGUCCUUCGUCUGCGUGGUGGUGAUUUCUGAGUUAUUCUGUUGGUUUUCGUUAGUUUGUUGGUUAUAGUUUGUGUUCUCUAGUGAUGGUGGUGUGUUGUGUUGAUUGGCCGGAGGGCCAAUUUAGUAUGUAAUGUUUUUGGGUUUGUGGAUGGGUUCCUAUAUUUUCCGAUUGUUUAAACUCAGUUUCGUAUUAUUAAAGUAAUUUUAGUUC